UUUUACACCCACCGCUCAAAAAUACGAACUUCCAACAAACCAAAAAACCACGUCCCAACCCAACAAUUCCCAAACUCAACAAAAAGCUUAAAACUUCAAUCAUUCGAAUCACAAAUAAACAAAAGUACAAAAGAUCCUUACUUAAAGAAAUCGAGAGAGAAAGGACCGGCCGUCCAUUCCCCCAAAGAAUGGCAGACUUCGACCCCAAAACCACCGACAACGGCGGCGCUUGCACGCCCUCAACCCCAACCACGACCACAACUCCCGUCCGCACAACCAGCAAAACCAAAAACUGCCCUGCUCUGCUUCUGGGUCGCUUCGAAAUCGGCAAACUCCUCGGCCAUGGCACCUUCGCCAAAGUAUACCACGCCAAGAACAUCAAAACCAACGAGAGCGUCGCCAUCAAAGUCAUCGACAAGGAGAAGAUCCUGAAAGGUGGUUUGAUAGCCCAUAUAAAGCGCGAGAUCUCGAUCCUCCGCCGUGUCCGCCACCCGAACAUCGUCCAGCUCUUCGAGGUCAUGGCCACGAAAGUGAAGAUCUACUUCGUCAUGGAGUACGUCCGCGGUGGCGAGCUCUUUAACAAGGUCGCCAAGGGCCGGCUGAAGGAGGAAGUUGCGAGAAAAUACUUCCAGCAGCUAAUCUCCGCCGUCGGAUUCUGCCACGCCCGCGGCGUCUACCACCGCGAUUUGAAGCCGGAGAACCUAUUGCUCGACGAGAACGGAGAUCUCAAGGUUUCGGAUUUUGGGUUGAGUGCGGUUUCGGAUGAAAUUCGACAAGAUGGUCUCUUUCACACGUUUUGCGGAACGCCGGCUUACGUGGCGCCGGAGGUUUUGGGCCGGAAAGGGUACGACGCCGCGAAGGUGGAUAUUUGGUCUUGUGGUGUUGUUUUGUUCGUGCUCAUGGCUGGAUAUUUACCCUUCCAUGACCAAAAUGUUAUGGCGAUGUACAAGAAGAUAUACAAAGGCGAAUUUCGAUGCCCCAGAUGGUUCAGUGCCGAGCUUGUUCGGCUUUUAACCCGCCUUCUCGAUUCAAAUCCGGGUUCGAGGAUUACAAUCCCGGAGGUUAUGGAGAAUCGCUGGUUUAAAAAGGGUUUUAAGCACAUCAAGUUCUACAUUGAUCACGAUGAUCGGCUUUGCAAUGUUCUUGAUGAUGAUGAGGAGGACAGGUUUAGUGAUGUGAGCUCUGUCUCGGAUUGUAUGUCGGAAUCUGAGGCGGAGUUUGAGACCAGAAGAAAGAUUACAUCUUUACCUAGACCGGCCAGCUUGAAUGCAUUUGAUAUAAUCUCGUUUUCUCCGGGGUUUGAUUUGUCUGGGUUGUUUGAGGAGCGGGGAGAGGAGGCCAGGUUUGUGUCGGGCGCCCCUGUUUCGACCAUCAUAUCGAAAUUGGAGGAGAUUGCGAAAGUUGUGAGCUUUUCCGUGAGGAAGAAGGAUUGCAGGGUGAGCUUGGAGGGGUCUAGGGAAGGUGUGAAGGGGCCAUUGACAAUUGCAGCGGAGGUAUUCGAACUUACGUCUUCGUUGGUGGUGUUGGAGGUUAAGAAGAAAGCAGGGGACAAAGCUGAGUACGAGCAGUUUUGUAAUACAGAAUUAAGACCCGGGUUGCAGAACUUGAUGGUUGAGGAGAGUGCCGCCGGUGCUGCUGCCGUUGCUUCCCCUCCGCAUCUGCCUUCGGAUACCGAGUAGGGAAGAAGAACGGGAAAUCGUGAUACAGUGAUGCGCCAUCUCAUGUUCUGAUUAGAUUAAAAAACUCUCCAUUGAAUGAAUGAAGGUAGGAAAAAGGCAGAUGAAGUUCAUGAUCAAUGUUAUGGAUUUUAUACUUGGAGGAAGAUGAGGAGGUAAUCUAUCGCCAUUUGUACCAUUUGUACCAUUUGUAUAUAAUCAGUGACGUCAAAAAAACUCUCUACAUGGCAAAUAAGAAGUGGAUGUUAUUUUAUUGACUAAAA